AUGAGUAUUUAUAACGAAUUCAAAUCCUUAUUUAUUACCGUAUUUUUUCUCGCGUAUAUUUUUAUUGUCAGUGGUUUAAUUGUGAAUUUUUUACAAUUAUGUUCUUGCAUACUUUGGCCAUUUAAUAAGCCGUUAUAUCGAAAAAUAAAUUGUGGAUUAGCCACAUUGAUAUGGAGUCAAUUUACAUUUUAUGCUCAAUGGUGGGCUAAUAGUGAUUGUGUAUUAUAUAUUGAUCCAGUGAAUGUUAAAUUAGCAUCUGGUGAACAUAUUAUUUGUGUAAUGAAUCAUAAAUAUGAUAUAGAUUGGCUAAUGGGUUGGAUUAUCUGUCAACGAUUAGGUAUAAUGCAUGGUUCAAAGAUUGUCGGUAAACAAUCGUUAAGGUUGGUGCCCAUAGUUGGAUGGUGUUGGAUCUUUACCGAAAGUAUCUUUCUUCGACGAGUGUGGGAAUCAGAUAAGGAAACAUUAGUAAAAGAUAUGAGAAAAGUACUCGAUGAUUAUCCAAAAAAUUAUUACUUCAAUUUUUUAAUGUUUUGUGAAGGAACGCGAUUUACUGAGAAAAAACGUGUAGAAAGUAUGAAAGUGGCUGAAGAAAAAGGUCUAACAGAAUUAAAACAUCAUAUUUUACCAAGAACAAAAGGAUUUACAUUAUUACUAGACGGAGCAGAAGAUAAAAUCGCAUCAGUCUAUGAUUUAACAAUUGGAUUCAGAGAAGAAGGUGCUGAACCAACAUUAAGAAGUAUUUUAAAAGGACGAGCAUGUAAAGCAGAAAUAUUUAUCAGACGAAUACCAAUAUCAAAUAUACCUCGCGGAACAGAGGAAUGUAGUAAUUGGAUACAUCAUUUAUAUCAAGAAAAGGAUCAAGUCUAUGAAUAUUUUGUUCAAAACGGUACAUUCAAUGGUUUAGGAUUGCAAAAGGUUGAAGUAAAAAGAAAUUAUCAGGAUUUAAUUAUUGAACUUGUAUGGGUGAUUAUUAUUGGUGCACCAUCAAUUUAUUAUUUAUUCUUAUUUUUAUUGACAAGUUCAUUCUUAGCACAACUUAUUUUUCUAUCGUUGACAUUUGCAGGUAUAUAAACGUGAAAGAUAUAGAUAGACUAGAUUAUGAGAAAAAAACAUAUACAUCUACUUGUUUUUGUAGUAUUAAAUAUGAACACUGGAUUAUCGAUUAAAAAAUAGUUACGAACAUAUUUUUAAUAACUUCUUAGAAAAGAGAUUCGCAGUUCGUAGCUAAGCAUAUUCUUUUUGUAAAAUCAUAAAGUUUAGAAUUUUGCUUGAAAAUGAUGUACAGAAAAAUUUAUAAAAGAAAACAGUGUUAUCAUUUAUUUAUAAAUAUUUCCUAUGUAUAAAAGCUAGAUCACAGUGC